AUGAGCUACCAACCAGAAGACCCCUCAGCGGGAGUCGAAGUUGAUGAGAUCGCACUUGGCCACGCACGUCCACGCCGGCAUGAUGACGAAGAUGAAGGCUCCGAUACCUUUGAAGAUGACGACAUAGAAAGCACCGUUGGCGCACCCACAAACGGGAAUCAGAAGUCCCAAGGAAAUGGAGAGGAGGAAAUAGAGCUCCCUGCUCAUGCAUGCGCGUACUGUGGCAUUCACAACCCGAGCAGCGUCGUCAAAUGUCUUUCGUGCAAUAAGUGGUUCUGCAGUGCACGUGGCAAUACCUCUUCUUCCCAUAUCGUCAACCACCUUGUCCGAGCUCGCCAUAAGGAAGUCCAGCUUCACCCAGGCUCUUCCUUGGGUGAUACUAUUCUGGAAUGCUACAAUUGUGGCACGAAGAAUGUCUUUUUGCUUGGCUUCAUCCCCGCGAAAUCCGAUACCGUUGUUGUUUUGCUGUGUCGGCAGCCAUGUGCCUCUAUGCCAUCCUCCAAGGACAUGAAUUGGGACACUUCACGAUGGCAGCCACUUAUUGAGGAUCGUUCUUUCCUCCCCUGGCUUGUGGGAGCACCCACUGACCAAGAACAACUCCGAGCCCGUCACCUCAGUCCUCAAUUGAUUGCGAAACUGGAGGAAAUGUGGAAAGACAACUCUCAGGCGACCCUGGAAGACCUAGAGAAGGCCACAGCAGUGGAUGAUGAGCCUGCGCCAGUCCUACUUCGCUACGACGAUGCUUUCCAAUACCAAAAUAUUUUCGGGCCACUUGUUAAAAUUGAAGCUGAUUACGACCGCAAGUUGAAGGAAUCUCAAUCCCAAGAUGGACUCAUUGUGCGCUGGGAUCUUGGCCUCAACAACAAGCACCUCGCAAGCUUUGUGCUGCCCAAGCUUGAGCUGGGAGAUGUCAAAUUGGCCGUGGGCGACGAGAUGCGCAUCAAGUACAACGGUGAAUUGCGCCCCAAGUGGGAGGGUGUGGGCUAUGUCAUCAAGAUCCCGAACAAUCAAUCUGAUGAGGUGACUAUUGAACUCCGCGCCAAGGGCGACCACAAAUCAGUCCCCACGGAAUGCACGCACAAUUUUAUGGCCGACUAUGUUUGGAAGUCGACUUCGUUCGACCGCAUGCAAUGUGCUAUGAAGACAUUUGCCGUGGACGAGCAGAGUGUCUCAGGCUACAUUUUCCAUCGCCUCCUUGGCCAUGAGGUUGCUGCAGCUCCUAUGAAGACCCAGAUUCCGAAGAAGUUCAGUGUUCCAGGUCUGCCAGAUCUGAACGGCAGUCAAAUCAACGCGGUCAAAAGUGUCCUCCAGCGACCUCUCAGUUUGAUCCAAGGUCCUCCAGGGACUGGUAAGACCGUUACCUCGGCCACCAUCAUCUAUCAUCUUGCCAAGAUCAAUGGAGGCCAGGUUCUUGUCUGUGCUCCGUCAAACGUUGCCGUUGACCAGCUCUGCGAACGUAUCCAUCGGACGGGUCUCAAGACCGUGCGAGUUACUGCGAAAUCUCGCGAGGAUGUGGAAUCUGCCGUUGGUUUCCUUUCCCUGCACGAGCAGGUUCGCCGAACUUGGGGAAUUGUCUAG